CUUCUAUUUAAAAAAAAAAUAAGUCAAUGCCGGUUUGCGUGUUUAUUAGAUUUUGUUAAUGUCGUUUAACGUGCAUAGUCCGCGAAAAUGAAUGUUUCAAAGCCCCUAUUCGUAACACACAUUGAACCCGAGGGUCCUUUCUUAAAAAUAUGGGGCCAAACUGACAAAAACACUGUGGGUCUGAUAGAGAGUUUGAUGAGAUCCGCGAUUCCACAGUUCAAAGAAGGUUUAUGUAAUGUUGCGUUGGAGUCCCUUGCACCGGGUCAGCUAGCCUGCGCCAAAUAUAAAGAUGACACCUAUUAUAGAGCGAGAAUUUUGAACGUGUUGCCCUCAGGCUUCGUAGAGGUUAUGUUCCUGGACUACGGUAACAGAGAAUUUGUUGCCUUCAACGAUUUGCGACACACACAACUGUUUCCUCCGCAUUUCGCAUCCAUUCCACCACUGGCUCAUCCUUUCAUCUUUGCAGAGGCCCAUGCACCCGGAGGUCGUGAUUGGAAUCCAACAACUAUAGAACACCUGUCCAAAGAACUGAAGUACCACGAAUUGCUCUCAACUUAUGUGGCGCCAGCUGGACAGUAUCAAUUAAUAGCUCUCACUCAUAAUGGUACCAAUUUGGCUCAACUUUUGAGUGGCUUCAUACAACACAUCCCAAUACAAGUACAACAAGCCGUACUCAUUAGUCUGAACCUUAAAACGCCGGUAAUGAUGCCACAACAAACUAUACCAACACCAAUUGCAACAUCUGCAGAGUUAAAUACCUACAAGGCAGUUACACUGGAAACAGGAAAACAGUAUCCAGUUUUUGUUUCUUAUGUAAAUGAUGGACCAUGUCAUUUUUCCAUACAGCUAGAGUCUAGUCUGGACAAUUUAGGAAAGCUAAUGAAGGAGGUAAAUUCAAUUAAUUUGAAAAUGCUGGAUGAUGUGCCAAUACCAGGCACAAUAUGCUUGGCCAGAUGUGAGGAUGAUGGGAAUAUUUGCAGGGCUGUUGUCACUAAUGAAGUGGAUAACCAAUUCAAGGUAUUCUACGUCGACUUUGGUAACUACGAAAUAGUACCUCUAACGUCACUGUAUCAGAUUCCGUUCAAGUACGUCCUCCCAAAAGUAAUGGCCAUUCGCUUCUCAUUAGCGGGCGUCGAAAAGUCCACGGUGACCCUAGAAAUGCAGUGCGCCUUCAAAAAGUUCGUAGAUGACCGCUUAUUACAUAUGACCGUUCUGUCCGGACGCACGAAACUAGCCGUGCCAAAAUGCGAGCUCUACGACCCUCAGACUGAAACCAGUGCUUUGGAUGUGGUGAAUAGGGCCGCCAGAAACGCCUAUCCCGAUCCCAUGUCGCUGAAUAGAGGUUUCAGCCAGACCGUAAAGGUCAGCUAUGUGUAUAGCUGUAACCGAUUUUACGUGCAGCUCUGCAGCAAAGAAGCCGAAUUGGAAAAACUCAUGGUGGACUUACAAGAUUCGUGUCGGAGCAAUGAGCCCAUGGAUCCUGCGAGUUUAACUGUGGGUUUGCCUUGUUGUGCACUAUAUGAGGACGAUCAAAAGUGGUAUCGCAGUCAAAUUGUCGAAAUUUUGGAAGGCGGAAACGUUAAGGUUCGUUACAUCGACUAUGGCAACGAGGAAAUUGUACCUAACACAGUUUUGAAACUGGUGGAGGGUGAACAGUUGACGGUGCUCAGGCCACAGGCCAUUGAAUGCUGUCUGAAUGGUUACCAAAACAUGGAAGUGGACACUGCAAGGGAUAAUCUGCUGGAGCAAUUGAUUCUCGAACAACAAUUCACCAUGAAAGUUGUGGAAAUGAUAGGAACGAAAGCUUUGGUUGAACUGAUCGACAGCUCUAAUUACAACGUGGCUUCCCUGCUGUUGGACAAAAUAGCUUCGGCGACGUCACAAGUCAGUCCCAUGCUUGUUCAAGCCAACAAUCGCAUCGAGCACAGAAAAUCGUUGAAGCAGGAUGGCGGAUAUAACAGAGACUUCAAGGACCGCAAACCGGGACGCGAAAAUAGGCCGUGGAAUAACGAACGAGGCGGCGAGAAACCAUGGAACGACAAGAAUAACGACAGGCAAUGGAAUGACCGGAAUAUUGAACGAAGUCCGGACAAACCGUGGAGGCAAGAUGACCAAAAUACACGAAACGACAAAUAUGCGAACGAUGGUGGCGACCAAGCUUCCUGGCGCCAAACCAACAAAGGAUUUAACAAUCGAAACGAAAACAGAUACGAUAACCAGAACAGGACUGAUAACCGUGGAAACCGUGGCUUCGAACGAAAGAACAAUCGUACUGACAAUCGAGCUUCUUCGUCAAUGGAAGGCGGCGACGUAGUUGGUUGGAACCACCCUAAAUCGGCUGCUGCGAACAAUAACUGGGACAAAAGUAAAGGAGACGGUUUUAGGAAGGACAAUAGGGACAAUUUUAAAAAUCGCAACAGUCCAAAGGGAAAGGAUGAUGGAACCUCCAUUUCCCCACAAAAAGGCAACUUCAAGAAGCGUGAUUUUGCUAGAGAAGGAAGUGAGAUGAGCUCAAGCGGAUCUGAAAAAAGCCUCCACAAGGGCCCGCGUACUAGUUCCAGGAACGACCGAUUCACAAAACGUGGCGACCAACAACCCAAGAAUCUAUCCUUCGGAAACGACUCGUGGGACGUGAGUGCAGUGAGCAUCGACGCUGCUCCUUCCGACGCACGGUUUAAGACGUAUAAUUGCAUGGGGACGGAAGCCAAGGUGCACAUCAGUUGGUUCCACAGCCCCGGCCACUUUUACUGCCAGAAGAAAGAACACCAGGACGUGUUCAAGAAACUCAUGGAAGACAUUCAACAAGCAUACAAAGGACGUAAACCGGACAAAGCCAAACGUGGUGCUCCGGUCGUCGGGCUCUUCCCCGAAGACAACGUCUUAUACAGGGCACAAGUUUUAGAAGUGUUGGGCAACGAAUACAAGGUCUACUACGUGGACUUUGGGAACGUUUCGGUGGUCAAGAAAGUGUGGCCGAUCGAAAAGAAAUUUAUGGAAUUGCCUGCGCAGGCGAUAUGCUGUGAACUCGCUGACGUUCAACCCUUCGAAGGGCAGUGGCAAAGUCCAGAAAUGUACGCAGCGUUCUUCGAUAAGGAGGAAUUCGAUUGCAAAUUUGUCUCAACUAACAAUGGAAAGACUCAGGUGAACCUCUUGCACUCAGGCAUAAACAUUGCUCAUAAGCUGGCCGAAAACAAUUUAGCUGUUCAUCUCGCCAUGAUGGUCCAGACGAUCGAUUUCUCGAUUUUGGUCGGCCAGCAGUUCAAAGUCAUACUCAAGAGUGUGAACAACUUGGCUGACAUAAUUGUGGCCUUGUACUCUGGUGUGGCGCUGAGCUGCAAGGCGCACAAUUUGGAUGUGGCGUCUGAGACACGCGAGGACAAACUCAAGGAAUAUCUGGAGCAACCUGUCAUAAUAUACGUGGAUAAUGUGUGCGAGUCUGUAUUGGAGGUAACUUUCUAUGAUGUAGAAGGCAACAAACUCCCAAUUGUGAGUCCGGAUGAAGGAGCGUACGAUACUGUUGAAUCAAUUUGUCCCCUUUUAAUUCUGUAUACCACCGUUUACGGUUACGUACCUCAUGUGACUGAAUCAUCCGUUUUUAUCCAACCAAUUGAGUACAUGCAAGGAGUCAACUAUUUGUUAGAAGAGAUGUUCCAAUUUUACGAUGGAAAAACGCAAGAAUCUCCCAUUAUUCCAGAAGAGGAGUACGUUUAUGCUGUUUUAAGUGAGGACACCAAUUGGUACAGAGGAAAAGUGCGUAGUUUUGAUGACGAGAAGGCGGAGGUCAUAUACAUCGAUUAUGGUAACAGCGAAAGUGUCCAGUUUACUGCUUUAAGGAGCUUGGCUCCACAGUUCCAGGCGUACUCAAUGUUAUGUUUUGAAGUGAAAGUUACGAUUCCCACUGAACAGUUCAUCGAGAGAGACGUAGUAGCGACAAUAUCAUUAGGCGAAGAAGGAUGGGAAGGUGAAGUGCAGUUACAACAACCUACUCAGACCGAGGUUGCAGUUGAGGCAGCCGAUACUGCAACUGUGGACGAGUCCGGAAUUUCAUCGGCCACAGGACAAAGUUCCAGCAUUCCAGAGCAAGUUGCAUCUGCCCAAGAAAACUUGCCAACCUCAUAUUCAAUUGGAAUUUCGGUAGUGGUUAGUCAUAUCGACAGCCCUAAUGAUUUUUAUAUUCAGUGGAAGGAUUCCUUAAACUCCAUUGAUGAGCUCCAGGCGAAGAUUCAGGCAACAGUUUCAGAAAUGCCCAUUCUAGAGAAUCCCACAGCUGGAGUUUUGUGCGCAGCUCCGUACUCAGUGGACCAACAAUGGUAUCGUGCCCAAGUUCUGGACGCAGAUGACGACAUAACAACCGUGCGUUUCAUAGAUUUCGGUAACACGGACGUUAUUGAUAAUAGCACCACUCAAAUCAAGACUCUACCUCAGAAUCUUCUCACGUUGGAGGUGUACGCCACCAGGUGCAGCCUGAAAAUUAAACCUGUGGAAGGCGAGUGGAGCACUGCGUCCCACGAUCGAUUUGCUGAGCUCGUAGAUAGCGAGAUCACUGCCGAGUUUCUGGACCAGGAUGAAAAAAACAACUAUAUCGAACUGUACGUCGAAGGUGUGAAAGUCACCGACACCUUGGUGCGGGAAAAUCUAGCCACCAUUUCCAAAGACUGUGUGCCGGAUAGUAAAUCCACCUGUUUCGUCAGUCACGUUAACUCACCGUCCGAAUUUUGGAUCCAGUUGGAGAACUGUGCCGACGAGUUGGAAUGGAUUGCAGAACAAUUGUCCGACGCUGAAAACUUUGCGGAGCUGGAGGAUGUGACUCCGGGGAAUUUGUGCGUGGCGCAGUACGAGGACGGUAUGUGGUAUAGGGCGAGGAUUUUGUCCAACACGGUUGCCGGCAUCGAGCUACUGUUCCUGGACUAUGGAAACUCCAGCAUAAGCACGAACCUCAGACAGAUACCGGAGGAGCUGGUGUUAACGGCGCCUCUGGCUCAAAAGUGCAGCCUGAAAAAACCCGACAAUGUGACUGAAUGGUCUCAAGCUGCCGUCGAAGCGUUCUCAGAAGUUGCGGCUGAUGGACAGACGAUAUUCACGGUUCAGAAAAUCACCACGGGAGAAACUUCUGUGGUAGAUUUAUUCGUGAACGGCGAGAAUGUUUUAAAUUGUUUGGUGCCAACUACAGAAGAGGGGAUCAUCAGGAAUUAUAAUUCUACUUCCGAAUUCCAGAUUGAAAAGAAUGGUGUAUUAUUAUUAGAAAAGUUUAAGAUUAAGAAUCCUUCAGAAGUCUCAUGGAGUGAGGAAAGUGAGGAGUAUUUCAAAACUGUUUGCUCCAAAGGAGAACCUCUACAAAUUCAAUUUCUUCCGCAAAACACUGUGCGUCUUUUCCUAAACGGAAAAGAUAUCGUCUCUUUGGCAAAAAUUUUCCAAAACGAGCCUGAAAAAUCAGUAGAACAAGACUCUCAUUCGCAAUUACCUAAAGAAACAAUUGAUGUAAAACCAGUAGAAACAGUGUUAAAACAAGAACACAACCUAGAACCUCAGGACAAAGAAGAUGCCAAAUCAGAUGUAACAAUCAGCUCAGACUUCAAUUGUAAAUUGUCUGAGGAUAAAACAACUAUUCCAAAACUUAACUGUGAAAUAUCCAACCCUCCUGAAUUGCCCAAGAUAAAAACGGAAGACGUGAUAACUUCUGAAUCGGUCGCUAGUGAAAUAUCUCAGAAAUUAGUUAACGACGUGACUGCCAGAGUGUCUGAAGUUACCUCUACAAGUAUUCCUAAAAAGGAAGAAAAUCCAGACUGUGAUAAAACUGAAAACAAACAAAAUUUAGAACCAGUAAGUUCGUCUGAAACCGAUAAAUCUAAAACAUCCGUCUACUCAAGCGAAUCAACUGAAAAAAUUAAUAAUUCGCCAAAGAGUGAAGUAAAGGUAUUGUUGGAUAAAAUCAUUGACGAAGCUGUCGAUGUUGGUUGUAAAACUGAAUAGAAGUUUGAAUAUGUGUUAAUUUUUUAUUAUCAGUGAACUAACAGUAAAAUACUCGUUAGGGCAAGAAUAUUUUAACUGUGUUAAUACAUAAUUUUCAUUAAGUUGUUAUAAUUUAUUGCAAGGAUAUUAUUGUUUUAAAUGUUUGCUGAUGUUAAACCUUUUGUUUUAAUACAAAUAUAUAU